GUGAGUGUUGGAAACAGAGCAGCAGAUAGAAAGUCACCGGGACUGACUGACUGAGUGAGUGAGUGAGAGCAGGACUGCGCUCUGUGUCUCCAAAACAUUUACGCACCGCAGCAAUAUACCGCCUCUCUCUCUCUCUCUCUCUGUGUGUGUGUGUGUGUCUGUGUCUAUGUGUGUAUGUGUGUGUGUGUACUCCCAGCCUUCAUCUUAACCAACAUCCACCACCAACAACCACCGGCUCUCUCCACUUCUGAAGGACCGAAGCAGAAGAAGAGUCCGCGCACGUACGCGAGCAGUCUCUGUCCCAAGCCACCGUGCUCUGAACGCGGCGAGGAAUUAAAGCGUGAGAGGAAGAGGAGGAGGACGGAAGUUUUUAUUUUGUUUUUUGUUUUUUUUGUUUUGUUUCUCCCGUGGAGAGCUCAGGGCGCACCGGGACUGAAUGGUUGAGCCCAGCCCUCCAGCGCUGCACCUCCUCUCUGCUGGGGAUGUCAGCAUGGCGGGUGUUGGUGUCAAAAUAGAACAGGAGGAAUCCAGCGGAGGAGUCAUCACCAAUGUUGAACCUUCUAAAACAUCUCCCUCACGUGAUUGGUCAGGAAACCAUCCACUGGAGGCCCGCCAGCUGACCCCACCGCUCUCCUGCUCCCCUUCGGAGAGCUCUCCAGGUAAGGAGCUGCCUCACAGGCAAAGCCCCAUGGGACUGAAGGAGGCCAGGACACAUGACAGACCAGAGGGACAAUCUGACUUCAAGGAAGUAAUGCCUACCAUUGAGAAGCUGCUGAAUGCUGACUGGAAGGAGAAACUUCUGGAUAAAAGCACAGUGGGGGCAGGACAACUGAAAGGUACCCCGCAGUCUCUGGCAGAGAAGGAGCUCCAGUUGUUGAUGAUGAUCAACCAGCUGAGCGGUCUGAGGGAGCAGCUACUGGGAGCUCACUCCGAGCAGAGGAACAUGGCCGCCUUGCUGCUGGAGAAGCAACAGCAGCAGAUGGAGCUGGCUCGACAACAGCAGGAACAGAUCGCCAAGCAGCAGCAGCAGCUGAUACAGCAGCAGCACAAGAUCAACCUGCUUCAGCAGCAAAUCCAGCAGGUGAACAUGCCCUAUGUGAUGAUUCCGGCUUUCCACCCCAACACCCAGCCCCUCACUUCAGACCCCCAGAUGACUCUGCCACUGCAACCGAUCCCCUGCAAACCGGCCAUGGACUAUCCCAUGCAGCUGCUGCAGAACCCCCACCCCCCUGUCAAGAGGAGCAGCGGUUCCUUCCGACAGGAAGCCAGUCAGCCCUUGAACCUGACCUCCAAGCCAAAGGGGCUGGAGCUGGGGAAAACACCCAGCCCGCAGAGCAUGGAGCUGGGAUCGAUGGCGCUGCAGGGAUCCUACAGGCCCAGAGAUCUCCACAGAGAGGUGUCCCACAGCCCACCACGAUCUGCCCUCAGUUUCCUCGGAGACGGUGAUGUGGUAACCCAGGCCAUCCACGAUGCCCAGCUGCUCCUGAGGAGCCACAGCACCGGAGGGCGAGAGAGGGAGAGAGACAGGGAGAGAGAGAGAGACGAUGGCAGAAAGAUGGAGUACAAAGAGUCACCCCGCAGCGAGAGAAUUUCUCACUCUGAGCAGGGUGAAGACAGACACGGCCUGCCAUCCACUGAGGACCACCUCAGCAGUGAUUCUGAGGGUGCCCUGCCCGCCUCAGUCCCAGGCAACUACGCCGAGGCCCGGCCCCCUCCCUCCUCAGGCCACAUUAAGAGACCCAUGAAUGCCUUCAUGGUGUGGGCCAAGGACGAGCGCAGGAGGAUCCUGCAGGCGUUCCCCGACAUGCACAACUCCUCCAUCAGCAAGAUCCUGGGCUCCAGGUGGAAGGGCAUGUCAAACCAGGAGAAGCAGCCUUACUAUGAAGAGCAGGCGAGGCUGAGCAGGCAGCAUCUGGAGCGCUACCCUGACUACAAGUACAAACCCCGGCCCAAAAGGACCUGCAUUGUGGAGGGACGGAGGUUGAGGGUGGGAGAAUACAAGGCCAUGAUGAAGAGCCGCCGGCAGGAGCAGAGAGCGACCUACACGCACAGCCAAUCAGAACCACAGCAGAUCCACUACUCCCACAGCGAUGGACAGUACCCGACCGGCACCGGCUCAGUCUCGGUGGCGACCAUGCCAUUUCACCCGGCAUUACUGGAGCAUUACCUGCCGCAGGUCCCGCCUGCGCCACGUCGAGCUGAGGGCCAGGCCACGUCCACUUCCCUGCCCAGGGAGAGAGAGAGGGAACGAGAGAGGGAACGAGAGAGGGAGCGGCCUCAGUACAGCGAAGGAGAGGAAAGCGACGGGGGAGAGAGGAGUGAGGGGGAACUGGUGCUCCUGACGGACUGAAUGGAUGGGUGGGGGGGGAGAAAGAGGAAAAUGGAGGUGAGGGUAAAUGAGGAGGAAGCGUGUUCUUUGUUGACAGUCAGAGAAGAAGGAUGGAGGAUGAGCGGGGGAAACGUGGAGGGGUUGAGUUGUCAUUGGAUGAGAAAAUUGCCCCUCUGUUAGGCAACGGUGAAGAGUGGUGAUACGUCAUACUCACUCCCUUGUAAAUUAGUUGUUUUCAGUGAAACCCUACACACACAUACACACACAGACACACACAUAAAGGCAAGCUCUUAUCUUACUUAUUUCCCUUCAUAAAAAUGUCAUCAGCUGCUUUGUUUUAGAACACAGAAGUUAAACUGAAGUUAUAAUGUACAAGUUUUAUCGUUUGAUCCCUUAUGCUUCUUGCUUUCCUCCCAUGUUGACUUCUGGCAAACAAAAUGCCUCACUGGGAUUCAAUUCAUCGGAGCAAAGUGUAAAAAGGGCUUUAGAGCGGCUUUGUAACUUCACUCUGUGAUGUAGCUGUAUGUUAUCAGUAUGUAAGUACUGCCCCCUACUGGUUAAGGCUGGUUAUUACUAAAUGAAAGCACCCAGGAGUGUAGUGCUCCCACCAGAGUUCUGGUUCAGAUUGACUGGAAAGUGUGGCACUUGGAAGUGUAAAACUUAUUGUUAUAACAAGUCAAAUUUGAUCUUGAGGAAAUGGUUGAGCUAGAAGGUGUACUCCACUUAUUUAGUAUUGCACUUACAUGAAGGUGGGGGACUCAGAAGAGAAAAGAUGUACAAAUAUUUAAAGCGGCAGAGGCAGAGAUCUUCUGACUGUUAAUCUCCAAAAUAACUGGAUCUUAUGCUUAGCAUAAUGCAACUUUCAUUAGACCCUCCCAUUGACUGUAUAUAAAGAUGGACGAUGACAUGACAGCUUCCCAAAAGUGAAGACAAAACAACUUGAUAGUCCCCUGGUGGCUGGCUGCAGUAUAGCUCAUAAAUAAACCCCGCCCCCUCCAUGUUAGCGAAUGAAAAACGGCGAAACAAAAAAAAAAAGUCAUUCUGUGUAUUUCUUAUCACUCGGGUGUAUGUUUAAGUUUUAAAUUAGCUCUUUUUGUUUCAUGAUUGACAGGUGAGCCCUUCUCCCAGGUGUAUGGGUGGGACCUUGAUAUGGUGGCUCAUGACAUCAUCAGGGUGACGACUUUGUAAAAGAACUGUUUGUCACCACCAGUUUUGGUUAGCGUCUCCUUGUUGUCAAACACUGCACCAAUGAAUAUAUGUUUAAGAAGCUGCAUCCCAGAUACUAUGCGCUAAAUGAAACAAUCAAACCCUCCUCUUCCUCGACCUCCCACAUCACACUGUUUAGUUGAGCUGUGCUGUAUAUGCUGUAUCUGCGUGGCCAUCAGUUCCCUCUCCGUAGCAUGGUGGGUUGACCUCAGCCUUGCCUAUUUUUUUUUUAUACCUCUGUGUUUGCUUCUUUGAGUGUUUAUUGAUUGUCGUGUUGAGCAACUCCUAUCUGUGUAUCCCAAUGUCUGCUGUCAUUUUUGCUACUUUUAAGAUGCAGCCCCGCAACACUGCUGAAAGUAUCCACAUACUGGAGAACAUCUCUAUAUAUAUAUAAUAGCUUCUUUUUUAAUCUUAAAAAAUGACUGUCAAGAUUUUUUCAGGAAUCGUCAUUUUCUUGGUACGAGUACAUUGGGCAUCAUUCCAAGAUAUUGACAUUCUGAUGUUUUCUCUUGAAUUUCCUGAAGCUGCACUGACUAAAGGUGAAACUGAGUGACAUUUUUGACAUGACAUAUCAAUCGGCCUCAUGUUAGAAUUAAGGUAAAACUUCAUCUGAAUACGCUCAGCUGUUGUCUUUUUAUCUCAUGUUGUAUUUUCUUGUUUCCGAGGGGAGGCAAAUCAGUCCUGAACCACAUUUCACAUGCGAAUUGUAAAUCUAAAUGGUGGAUACUGAGAUGGAGAUAUGGUCUGUUAAUUAUCUAUUGACAGAAUUAUUAAAAACGUUUGGGUGACUGAACUACUGGUCAACUCUAUGAGACCACAGACACCAAAAUCUUUCAUGAGUCCUUUGGACACUAUUGGCUAUGGUGCCCCAGUGACAUUAGGCUCCAUGUUAGCACUUAUUAUAGCCUACACCAUGUUCUUUAAUAGUAAGGCUGCAUUCACUGAUGGUUGGAGUUACUGUUUUGGCAUGUUGCUUGCUUUAAUAGUACAUUGAAAACUUGUUUUAAAGGUCACAUUUGUGUGCCGUUAGCUGUGUGCACAGACAUGCUAACGAACUGUCAUUUUAUUUUGUUUUACCUUGCAGGAAAUAGAAAAUCCCAUAAUAGUUCAUUAAUUAAGUAGUAGUCUAUAGUAAAAUAUAACUCCAUUCUAAUGAUGCCAGUUUAGUAUACACCAUUUUGAAUGUAAGAUCCAGAUUGAUUUGAACUU